AUGUCUUUCACAAGGGGGGACCUGCUGGCGAGAACGAGGAAGCUCGUGAAGGGACUCGCCAUGGCUACACCCCGCUGGCUGAAGUCUAUGGAGGCGUGAGUACAACAACCCUUAUCGUUCUUUCCUCUCUCUCGUUUACUCUCACAAUGCUCCCCCGUUCAAUGCCUGCUGUGUUGUCAGGUUCUGAGGAAACAACAUCCUAUGAAACCUAACGGUCUGAUACGAAUCCUUUCUGUUAUUUUCUGAUGCCUAUAUUUGAUGGCCUUUCGGGGCCUCUGUUCAUCUCAUUUAGGUGAUUGUUUCAACCAGUCGAAAAUUCCGAACGUAGAUAAAGUACGUUUCUUGCAUUGUCCCACCCUUCAAUUCAACCUUUCCCAUUGAGUGAUCGUCUGAGUUAUGACCUGAUUCCCACCUCUGAAGAUCCUCGGCUCCAUAGAUUCUGCGGCAAUAUGGAGUUCUCCGGUAGGUAGCUUGUCGGGCGACAUGUUUGAGGGACAACGACAUCGUCUGAUUCUCUCCUUAGGGAUUUUAACUGUAAGACCGAUGGAUCGUAGCUCCUUCAAGCGGUUCUGAUCGAUAAUCAGAAGUCAACAAUUGAAAAGUAGUUUGUACGUUGGUCUAGAAUCACUAUGAGGGCUUUUUUCCCUUUGGAAAAUGGUGAUUCAUCAGUAAAUACGGAGAGAAAUCGAGCUAUACCUGUUCAAGGACGGUCAAGGACCAACGGAAGUUGGGAUUAGCUGCUAUGUUCCAUUUUCCCAUUGGAAUCAGACAUUCGUGGUCCUUAUUUAUCCCGACCAACAGAAAGCAUGUGGGAGGUACCUGUGAUUGCAAAAGAGUCCCAGGUGACCUUCUGCCAGGGAAGAACUCGUUUCUUGAAGCAUUGGCCGCCAAAAAAGAAAAGAGAACCUACCAGCAGCAGUAUUCCUUUACGUCUCAGAUCAGCACAAUCUGCAGUGUAGAGUCGCACAUUCAUCAUCUGAUUUUCUGUGAUGGAAGAUAACCUGACUUACUGUGACAUUACAUCAUUCUCUUUCCAAUGACACCGUGAUGAACACUAGUGAGCUUAUUGAUGUCUGACCGCUGUGAUUCUUCUGCAACGUUGGUGAGAGUGCAGAAACUAAGUUUUAAGCACCCUUUUUCAGAUCAUAAUCCUGCGUUUUCUCCCCUUCUUUUUUCGUUGCAUAUAUGUGAACCUUUACAUUUUUCAGACUGUCCAUCCUAAUCUGAAAUUGAUGUGUUCUAGUAUGGCUACCAUUUCUUUGCGAUGCUAAUUAGGAAUCUUUGCUUCAUGAGGACCCAAUCAAUGCCAAAUGCGGAAACAUCAUAUUCUAGCACAUACAUAUUCUUUAAUUCAGGAAAGGGUAGGCUCUGUGGUAGAAGUCAUAGGUUGGUUUCAACAACUAAAAUACUUCCCGGUAUUAGGGUUCCACAUGAAGCCUCCCUUCACAAAACAGAUGUGCAGUCGCAUUGACUAGUCGAGUCAAAGCUCUAGUGGCUUGGAAGAAGUCCCUGCAGCUACACAAUGCUCAUAACUAUUCAGCUAUAGUUUCACGUCCUUCGUGCUCAAGGGAAAACUUCUUUUUGACUGUUAUUCAUUUUGAACCAAAACCUGAACUCCAGAGCAUUUCCCGUUCCUAAAAAGAGAUCAUCUAUCAAGAACAUUCAUGCUAGUGUGCUUAAGAAUGCUAUAUUUGGUAGCAAGCUCUUCCGCAAUUUCAACAUGAAUGAAGUUAUCAAUACGAAGAGAAUUAGCUAAUAUAGUGACAUGGUGACGUUUAAUGAAACCCUUAACUUGCAUCAUUUGAGAAAUAGUAAUACAUGCUCCAUGCACAAAGUUGGUAACAAGAACACUUGGUGCUGACUUUUUGUCAUCCUAGUGUAACCUACCUUUUGACCUUAUAUUGCCUUUUUCCUUUUUAACUCAUCUGUGUGGAGUUUUUGAUUGGUUCUCUUGUUAUUCGGUGUUUUUGGCAUCUCAUUAUGCCUAUCCCUAGGUACUUUGAUUCACUGUCUAAUUGUCAUGAAGUACCUAUCAUUUCUAGCAGAUGAAGAUCCUUCAGCCUGCUCCUUUUAGCAUUCGGCUUACACCAUGUCAUUGACCUUGAGAUAAGGGACUCAAAUAUCUUCUUCUCGCUGGGUUAGUACCAUCUGGUAGAAUGGUACGUUGAUUCUAGAUGAUUGAACCUUAGUUCUUUCAAGUGAAAAAAUCAUAAAAUGGAGGGAUGGACAUAAACCAGGCUUCUGCAGGUUCCAUGCUAACUAAUGUUCUUUUAAGUUUUGACCUCAACUCUACUGUAAUGUAACUUUGGUAGGUGUUUAUUUAAAAGUUGUUUCUUUUUUGCCUUUUUUAUAUAGGCCUGAUCUAGUUUUUUCUUAUUUCUUUAGUGCAUUUAUGAAUUGGGUUUUCUAUGUUAGUUUACAUUUAGAUUCUCCCUAAUGACCAAGUCCAACUUGAUCAAGAAGCAUUCUUGAUUUACUAUCAUAAAAUGAUGCUGUAACUUUGUUUUACUUCAUAAUGAAACUUUUACAAAUUUAAAUGCAUGCCAGAGACGCUACCAAAUUCAUUUAAUGAAGCCUAUUUUAAAGUCUUUAAGACGUUGAGAGUUCUAGAGAGGAGAAACCAUGUAGAAUUAUCUGGGUGAACACCAUUUAACAUGUUCUUGAGAUGAAGCCAGUAUGUGCGUGUGUGUCAUUGGACGUACCCAUUAGAUAAAUUAACAGGAUAACACCCAUUGGAACAUGCAUGUCUAUGGAAUGAGACCCACUGUGAUGUCCACGGGAUGAAGCCAUUGGAAAGAAAUUUGUCUUCUUUUUUCUUUUUAAUAUACUUUAGAUAAAUUUUAAUGGUGAGGAAUACAACUUAAUAAUGGAACGGCAUACAUACCUAGACUACAAACCUUAGAAGUUUUAUAGUACAAUGCCUCUUUUUUUUAGUGAUUCUUUUUUUAGUGCUAAAUGAUUAAUAUGGACUUCACAUGUCCAUUGCUUUACCAUGGCAGAGCACCGCCAGUGACUUUCUCCUUACCGGAGGGGAAAGUGAGGCAGAUAACGAUGCCAGAGGAUGUUUACGUCAAAAAGUUCUUUCAGAAACAUCCAGACUCUCUGUAUCAUGAUGCUGUUAAGUAAGCUUCUUCCUUUUUCACCUACAAUUAUUGAUCGUUGAUUUCAUUGGAAUUAUACCGACGUUUUGCAGUCUAUCUGUCUCCUACUCCCGGUUUAAAAUUAUCUUCUCUUGAUUUCAGUUUCUAUUCGAGCGAUUUUGGUUUGGUCAUGUUGCGAUGCUUGUUGGUACCCUUUAUAUGCUUGAGCGAAUGUAGAUUCAAGCCUUGCCACAUUAUUUUCUAUAUGUUACUAUCCAAGAUUAUACAUUCCCCUGUUGGUUAGUAUAUUCUCAUUUUUUUAGUUCACAUUUUAGAUGGGGAGAUAAUCUCGUCAUUUCCCUUAGUUAACUAAGUACCCGCGGAUGUUGUUUCAAUGAUUUUUUUUUCAGAUUAAUAUUCACGUGUAUUAAAUUUUCCAUAAAGUGCUGUGGGUUUCCAGGGACUUCUCAAGUAUUUGGGCUUCGUAUUCAAAUUUAACUUGUUUCAGCCCCUUAUCUCUGGCAUUGGGGACUGAAUCAAUUCAGGCACAUGAUCUCUCAAGAACAUCCAUCAUUUUGAGGCGCUUUCCUGCAUGGUCAUCAAUCUCUAAAACCAUUAAUAUUCUCUUCCAACGUGGAAGAUGAGCUUUCUGCUAAUAUACCCACUUUCACGGGUUGACUUCGGGGGUCAGCCCUCUUUGCUUCCACCAUCUGUGGGGGGGAUGGAUGGCAUAACUUCAUCAUGUUUGAUGGCAACAGGAUCAGCGGCUUCGACCCCCCUCCGGCCCGAGUCUUUGCGUGGCGUGUGCUGGAGCUGAAAGAUCAAGGAGUUGGUGAAGAUCAGGCCAUGGCCAUAGCCGACGUACUCUUCUCCUCCAUCUUCCCUCCCCGACCCCUUCAGUUAGCCGAUCUCUCCCUCUCCAGAAUACCCUCACUGUGAUCGUAUGGUCCCUCUAGAUGGAGUACCGGAUGGAGAAGAAGCAGAAGAAGGAGGCGUACAGGCGGCUGAAGCAGAUCUCACGGCUCCAAGGGAAGAGGCCGCCACCCGACCCCUACCCCAGCGCCAUCAAGGAAAUACAGGCCGAGGAGAAGAAGUUCGUGCGGGAGCGCUUCACCAACCCGAAGAUCCUCGACAUCGUGAAGAGGAUGAAGGAGGAGAAGCUCGCCCAGAUGCAGGAGAGGAGAGGCGGCGGGUUUGGUGGCGGUGGAGGAUUUGGCGGCAGCAGGUGA